AUGGCUGGUCCAUUUUUAUCACCUUUACCUGGUGAUUUAUUAACGGAAUAUAUGUUCGGACGACGACGUCAGCGUCGUAAUCGUACCACAUUUACACCACAACAAUUACAAGAAUUGGAAUCGUUAUUUCAAAAGACACAUUAUCCUGAUGUAUUUUUACGUGAAGAAGUUGCGUUACGUAUUAGCUUGUCAGAAGCACGUGUACAAGUAUGGUUUCAAAAUCGUCGUGCGAAAUGGCGUAAACAAGCUCGACUUCAGUUACUUCAAGAUGCAUGGCGUAUGCGUUGCUUAGGUUUAGCUGCACCACCUUUACUUUUAUCAGGAGGUGGUCGUGGUGGUACACCAGAAUCCGCUCAACAAUCCUUAUCGGCUCAGUCAAAUGGCGCAAAUAACACGAAUCAUGUUGAAUCGUCAACACGUAGUGGAAGUGUUUCUCCAAUUACAACAUCAAGCAGUAAUAGCACAACAUACUCACUGUCAACCUCAGCAAACAACCAUCACCACCAUCAUCAUCAUCAUCAAGCUCCCCCACCUUCUGGUGAUUGUGGUUGUGGAUCACCACCGAUAACGUCCAAUAAUAAUGAUGAUAGUAGUCAUGUAACUGAUUUAUCAAUUCAUCGACAUCAUUAUACGCCAUCUGGACGAAAUUCGGCAUCACCACCGAUAUCUGAUUCACCAGUGAGUUCACCAGAAAUUGAUCCCGGUGAUCAAACACAGAAUUUGCCAUUAAUGAUGACCACACAACAAGCUUCGUCACAAUCAUCGCCACCCAUACAACAAUCCUCAUUAAUUAAUAAUAAUUUAGCAACACGGCCACAAAUUUUCCAUUCCAAAGAAAAUAGUAAUAAUAUGAUACUUAAUGACUGA